AGUAACCUUGGACGAGAUGUGCUUGUCACCGUGACUGAAAUCUUGAAAUUUACAGAUCUAAUAGUAGAUUGCUGCUAAAACUGAUCGCAAGUUCAUAGAAAUGUGACAUUUAUACCAAAGACUAUAUGCCAAAGACUUUAUAUACUAUAUUUGUAUUUAGUGUUUGUUUAUACACACGCUCCUUGUUGUUAUUGGUGAUAACAUCAAGCUGCAGAAGUAUGGCUUCGAAAUUGCCAGCAGCUUCUGGGUUAUAUAACUAUGCAAGAUUAACUGCAAAUUCAACCCAUUAUGCGAAACGGAUGAACCGUCUGAGUAACCGGAUCUUUGGAGAAGUUGUCCGACCAACCAGUGUGCAGUCUCAGCGUGUUGUAAAGAUGUUUGCCGAGAAGCCCUUAGAUCUUCGACCAGAGAUCACGGACUACUAUCCUCGUCACAUAGAAACAAACAGCCUCAUGUCACUCCUAAGAAAGUAUGGACUGUAUCGAGAUGAACAUCAAGAUUUCAAAGAGGAGAUGAAGAGAUUAAGGAAGCUGCGCGGGAAGGGAAAACCAAAGAAAGGAGAGGGAAAGCGAGCCAAAAAAUAAAUUAUUUUUUGCGGAUAAUGAAAAUAGAAACUGUAUAAAGGAGAAUAAAGUAUUUCUAGGA